AUGCACGUUGAAUUUGUAAUUGGAGAUGCCAAAACUCUACUAGUAAAUGACUAUAGAAGAGCAGAUUGUGUAGUAAUUGAUUGCAACAUUAACAACUGUGAAGCCAUUUUUAAGACGGCACGAAGGAUAGGGGGAAAUAAUAAUGCCGCCAUUGUUUUAGGGUACAACCCGUUGCGUAUGGGAUCAUGGAAAUGUGAAAGUUUUAAUGCUCAUUUGUUACCCAUAGGUGAAGGUUUAUUGGUGACUAGAAUGACACGGAAAGGCAGUGAUUUUGGCGUUUCAGAGAAAAAGAGUCGUUGGAUCGUUAAAGUGGAUCAAUGUACAGGAGAAGAACAUGUAUUCAGGGUCAGAUCUCCACACUUGAAGUAUAGGUUUUGA